AUGAAGAGGAGUGCCGCCAUGAUGGGAGGAGCGAGCUCGCGUGCUGCGGUGCGCGAUUUGUACAAGCGAGUGGUGCGGCUGGGCAACACAUGGGAAGCGCGCAACCCCGCGCAAACGCCCAAGGAGCGUGAGUACAUCCUCGAGGAGGCGCGUACGCUCUUCCAUCAACACAUGUACGAGACUGACCCACAAGAGGUCCAGCGAUUGCUGCAAGAGGCUGAAGGACGCGUGGAGAUCGCCGAACACUACGGCAUCCCCUAUCAGCGAACGAGCAACCUGCCCCCAGGCACCAGCGCCGACGACUACCGCCGCGGCCAGAUCUCGUUCGGCGAGGCACCACGCUACCACACACCCAGCCACCCUCUCUUCGACGAUUGA